AGGGCUGGAGCAGAACAACAGGAAGCCUGUUUGCUUGAACCUUGUUCAUAGCCAGCCCUGAAAGAGAACAAAGUGCUCUUUUCCACCGAUAGGCACCAUGGCUCCUCAGCUGCUCCUCUGUCUGAUCCUCACUUUUCUGUGGAGUCUCCCAAAGACUGAAAGUAAUGUAUUCUUACAAAGCAAAGUGGCAAAUAGAUUUUUGCAAAGAACAAAACGAGCUAAUUCACUGUUUGAGGAAUUUAAAUCUGGAAACAUUGAAAGGGAGUGCAUUGAGGAGAGAUGCUCAAAAGAAGAAGCCAGGGAGGCAUUUGAAGAUCAAGAGAAAACUGAGAACUUCUGGAAUAUUUAUGUAGAUGGGGAUCAGUGUUUAUCAAACCCCUGUCAUUAUGGUGGGACAUGCAAAGACGGCAUUGGUAGCUAUACCUGUACAUGCUUGGCUGGCUAUCAAGGAAAAAACUGUGAAUAUCUUAUACAUAAGUCCUGCAGAUUGGACAAUGGUGACUGUUGGCACUACUGCAAACUUGAUCAGAAUGAUAUUCAAUGUUCAUGUGCUGAAGGUUACAUUUUGGGAGAUGAUGGGCAAUCUUGUGUUGCUGGAGGUGACUUUUCAUGUGGUAGAAUUAAAAAAGCCAGGGACAAGAGGGAAGCAAGUCUGCCUGAUCAAACAGAUUUCUCUGAGGCCUACGAUUUGAUUGACGAAGAUAAUUAUGUUGAAUCUCCUACAAACUUCUCUAGCAUGGUUCCUACUGUGCAAUCCAAGAAUGAAACCUGGCUCGAUAAGGCUGAUGAUUCGGACCGUGGAGUGAGAGUCGUUAACGGAACUGACUGCAAACUGGGUGAAUGUCCAUGGCAGGCACUUCUGAUAAAUGAUCUUGGAGAUGGGUUUUGUGGAGGAACAAUUUUGAGUCCCAUGUAUGUGCUUACUGCAGCCCACUGUAUUAACCAAACCAAGCACAUUAAAGUUAUUGUAGGGGAAGUGGACAUAUCAAGAAAAAAAACUGGACGUCUUCUUGCUGUGAAUAAAAUAUAUGUGCAUCAAAAAUUCGUUCUGGCCACCUAUGACUAUGAUAUAGCCCUCAUCCAGUUGAAGACUCCUAUCCGGUUCUCUGAAAAUGUGAUUCCUGCCUGCCUUCCCACUGCUGAUUUUGCCAACCAAGUCCUAAUGAAACAAGAUUUAGGCACUGUUAGUGGAUUUGGGCGUAUUCAAGAAAAAGGACGAACCUCCAACACACUUAAAGUUGUUAAUCUUCCUUAUGUGGAUAGGCACGUCUGCAAGCUUUCCAGCAAUUUCCCAAUUACUGAAAAUAUGUUCUGUGCUGGCUAUCAUACUCUGCCUCAAGAUGCAUGCCAGGGAGACAGUGGGGGCCCCCACAUCACUGCAUACAGAGAUACCCACUUUAUUACUGGGAUUAUCAGCUGGGGGGAAGGAUGUGCACAGAAAGGCAAAUAUGGUGUUUACACAAAAGUGUCCAAAUUCAUCCCUUGGAUAAAAAGAAUAAUGCGUCAAAAGCUACCAAGAACAGAAUCAAGCACUGCUCAGCCCUAAAAUUCAUUCAAUCGCUUAUUUCAUGCAGAGAUAAUGCAUUGGGUUAGAACAUUCAGUAUAUACAUUUGGUUUGGAACUCUUCUUUUCAGAUGUGUUUCUAUUUUUAAAUAUAACAUUAAAGUCAUGUAGCUUUCUAAUUUAUGGAGGUCUUUUUUCUCUGGUGUCAAUCCUCUUUUGGCACAUAGAGUGCCAGAAUGAGUAGACUAUGUCAUUUUAGCUCUCAUCUCUUGUAUGUCUAUUACAAUCUUUUAAAAAAAAGAUUUUUAGAGGUAACAAUAAUCCUUCAAGUAGAAGCUCAGCAGCAAUAUUUGGUCCCUUUGUAAUACAACCAUCAGUUCCCUUGAGACCAUCAGUUGAGUUAAUCUGAGUAGUGUCCAUCUGGGUAAUCAGCUGAAUUGUUUUCCAAUUUAAUUUACCCCAAACAGAAGCAGAGGCCAAGCCAAGCCUUCAGUACUAUUGCCUGCCAGUUCAAUGGAGGAGAGUUUAGGGCAGGGGUGUCAAACUACCAGCCCACAGGCCGGACGCGUCAUCCAGAAGCCGCGCCCACCCCAUUGCUGGCAAUGGCAAAACCGUCCCGAUACAUUGCGCGACGUUGCGUGACAUCGUGAGUUUGACAUCUGCUUUAGGGAUAUCAUAAAAUCUUGCUUUCCUAAUCCAACACUUCAUGGGAUAUCAGAAAUUUCUUGAAGAAAGUGAACAGAGAAUCUGUAUUUCCCAAAUGGUAAUUCCACUCACACACUCACAUUUUGUGUUAUUUUGUGUAAUCAGAAUUUCCAGUGACAGGGUCUGACUGAAUUGAUUACUAACUGGGUUAAGUCUGUCAUAGGAACAGGAUAAAAGUGAUAUAUUUGAUAUGCUUUUUAAUUUUUUUAUUGUAUAACAUGCAUUGUGGGGGUGCUUUAUGAAAAUAUGUUUGAUUGAAAAGUUAAAAGGCUUUUCAGAUUUGUGAUAUAUAUAAAAUUAAAGCUAUUUGAAAGUUUUAUUUAUUGUAUCACAAGCAUUGUGGGGGGGAUUGUGAAAAUAUGUUUAAUUGAAAAGUUAAAAGACUUUUCACAUUUGUGAUAUAUAUAAAAUUAAAGCUAUUUGAAAGUUUUA